CUAGCAUAGAUAUUCGGAACCAACAUUCCUGUUAAAGUUUAAAUAAAUUAUCGUGACUUAUCAGAUACAUAACGGGAUGAUCAUAUCGACAAGAAGGGAGUGCAAUAUAUGCAGUGCUUCUUAAAAGAAGUAUAUACCUAUACACAAUACUCUGACCAUAGGGGAAGCACUGGCCGUUUAGGCGCGACCAUCCUGAACUCAGGAAUGUCCAGUGGGUGAGCAGAAGUUUUGCGAGUAACGCUCCCAGACACGUCGUACAUUGCUACCAGAGAGCAAGGUGGGUCGGGCUCCGUGAGAUAACUGUAAAAUUCUUACAUUGGCCAUCUAUGUGUGUCAGAGUACUUUUGACGCAGCCAGUAUUACCUCUACGACCGCAUGCAUCGUUACCGUCGUCACUAACUCCUGGAUACAAUAGUGAAGCAAAUCAUUUAAAAUACAGAACAUACGUGACAUCGUAAAGCCGGCACGAUCGGUAGUGACUUUAGUGUGCAUGCGUAAUCUGCAUGCAAUUAUUUAAUUACACCAAAUAUACAUAUAUUACUUCUCAAAGCAAAUCAGCCUGGAAAUAAAUAAUCGUGACGCCUUCAUCUGUAUUAUCUCUUGGGAUGUUUAUUCUGGUAGCCUCCACGCGAGUUUUUAAAAUCAACUACGUUGCUUAUUCUCUUUUAAUUAAUUGCCUCGGGCAUCGCGUUCAACUUAUUUUUUGAGAUUUUGUAAAAAAAAAGUCGUUGCUUUGCUGUGUAAAGUUACCUGUUAAAAAAAAUUCAACGGACGUGACUGUCAUCGUGUAACCAGGAACUACAGUGGCAAUUAUAAUAAAACGGAUUUAAAGGUAUAUUAAAAUCUUUACAAAAAUGAAACGACACAGAAAUAAAGCACAGCGUUGGUAUAAGAAAGUGGACUGGACUCAGGUAAUCAUGGAGGGACCAGAGGUCACGUUCCUCUUUCAAUUUGGAUUAAUUCGUGAUACUGUUACGGUUGAAGCCAGUGCUUUGACAUUGAAAGCCCUCAAAGAUUUUGCCUGUGAUUUUAUCAACACCAAGUGUCCCGAUCAUGGCUUGAGUCAGCUCAACGAAAGAUUACUGUUGUUCAAGCAUGAUUAUAACUCAACAAAUAUACUACAGCUCAUUACAAAUGCCACUGAAGUGGUUGAUGAAACGUUAGUGGAGAUUGUACUCACAGCUCAAGUGCCAAGUGAAGAAGUUCCCAUACGUCCCCAUGCUCUAACAGUUCAUUCGUAUAAAGCACCAGCAUUUUGCGACUUUUGUGGUGAGAUGUUAUUUGGCCUUGUCCGACAAGGACUAAAAUGUGAAGGAUGUGGUAUGAACUAUCACAAACGUUGCGUAAUCAAAAUACCAAACAAUUGUUCGCAAGAUGCAAAUCAGAGAAGACGGAGUUCAACCCUCUUGCAUGUGCCACGGUCACCAAGUCAGGGUUCAACCAGUAGUUUGGCAAGUGCCAGUGAUGACAAUAAUACAAAUCACAGUGCUAGCAACGUUUUUAAUGCAAGCCAGAGUAAUAGUACAUUGGCGAUUCCAAGCAUAGUAACCCCAAAGCAAUCACGAUCUCCAUCACUAGGCGGUCGACCUGUCUGGGUAGAACGUGAAAUAGCCACACGCAUUAAAAUUCCACACACUUUUGUCGUUCAUACAUAUACACGGCCGACAGUUUGCGGCCUCUGUAAGAAAUUAUUGCGUGGCCUCUUUAAACAAGGUCUACAGUGCAAGGAUUGCCAAUAUAAUGCGCAUAAAAAAUGUAUUGACAAAAUUCCAAAGGAUUGCACUGGCGAGAAUCCAAAAGACAGUGCAGGCAACGAAUAUCCUGACAGUGGUGUUGGCAGUGAAUCCGAAGGACGGUAUGAUGGAAGAAAUGAAGAAGGUGAUGGUGACAGCGAUGCUGAAUCUCCUCCGCCUCCAUCCCAUUCGACACACGAGACAGAUGGAAGUAACCUCAACGGAGGAUAUACUGACCUCAUUCCAAGCCAUGACGACGUCUCCUCCGAUGAGUUUAAAAAGUCAAGAACCUCCAGCUCAUCGCCAAGCAAUAACAUCCCACUAAUGCGCAUAGUUCAGAGCGUCAAGCACACAAAACGGCGCGGUUCCAAAGUCCUUAAGGAAGGCUGGAUGGUACAUUUCACAAGUCGUGAUCCAGUCAGAAAGAGACAUUAUUGGAGGCUCGAUACAAAGGCUAUCACAUUGUUCCAAAGUGACAGCGGAUCAAAGUAUUACAAAGAAAUUCCAUUAUCUGAAAUAUUAGUUGUUGAAACAGCCAAAGUUCCAUAUUCUCAUACAAUGCACUGCUUCGAGCUAAGAACAGCCAAUGUAGAUUAUUACGUUGGAGAGGAUCCACUAUACGGUGAUGUAGGUGGGCAGCUUCCGCCUCCGGAAAGUGGCGUCGGGGCGUACAUAGCUAGAACUUGGGAAACAAGUAUCCGUCAAGCACUGAUGCCCGUCACUUCCGGUUCAGCGAAUCAAGAACAGUCAACAGAACCGGAAGAGCGAAUAACAGAUAUGUCCCAGCUGUAUCAAAUAUUUCCGGAUGAGGUUUUGGGUUCUGGACAGUUUGGAAUAGUUUAUGGCGGAGUGCAUAGAAAAACUGGACGCGCAGUGGCAAUAAAAGUCAUCGACAAAUUACGUUUUCCUACGAAACAAGAAGCACAGUUGAAGAACGAAGUAGCUAUCUUGCAAAAUUUAUCUCACAGCGGCGUUGUCAACUUAGAGCGGAUGUUCGAGACGCCCGAACGGAUAUUUGUCGUGAUGGAAAAACUAAAAGGAGACAUGUUGGAGAUGAUUUUGAAUUCUGAGAAAGGACGUCUCAGUGAAAGAAUUACAAAAUUCCUUAUAACGCAAAUAUUAGUUGCCCUGAAACAUCUCCAUAGCAAGAACAUCGUACACUGCGACCUGAAGCCAGAGAACGUUUUACUAAGUAGCAAUAGCGACUUCACCCAGGUGAAGCUCUGCGAUUUUGGCUUUGCCAGGAUAAUUGGCGAGAAAAGCUUUCGUAGAAGCGUUGUAGGUACACCGGCGUACCUGGCACCGGAAGUCCUGAGGAAUAAAGGGUACAAUAGGUCAUUAGAUAUGUGGAGCGUUGGCGUAAUCGUGUACGUAUCCUUAAGCGGUACGUUUCCUUUCAACGAGGAUGAGGAUAUCAAUGAACAAAUUCAAAAUGCCGCCUUUAUGUAUCCUCCUAAUCCGUGGAAAGAGAUUUCAUCUGAUGCUAUAGAUCUGAUUAAUAAUUUACUACAAGUCAAACAGAGGAAACGAUACACAGUCGACAAGAGCUUGCAGCAUGUUUGGUUACAAGAUUAUCAAACAUGGUGCGAUCUUCGCGAACUCGAGUCUCAGGUUGGCUGUCGUUAUUUGACUCAUGAAAGCGAUGACGCUCGCUGGAUGACGUUUGCUGGUCAACGCGCAUGACAUAACUUUCCGGCGAGUAGAAAUAUUGAGUCAUCCUCGACGCCGACUCCACUGCAUAAAGGAUGGCCACGCAGUGCACGUGCUACUUUACGACGCUUCAUUCGCGCCUGACGAAUUCUUUGAGUCGCGACGUAUUCUUUGCGUCAUGACGCAAAUUCAUCUCUUUACUAUCCUGCCUAUUCGAUUUUUCGAUAUUCGGCUGUCAGGAUUUACUGUCUACUUACGUGUCUUUCAAAUUACUUAUAUUUUGGGGACGUGCAAUUUUUUUAAAUGACUCCUUCAUAAUUUCGAAACCGUUUGCUACUCUUAUCAAACUGAUACAGAUUUUUGGUAUUGGUAAAAACUAUUUGUUCGAUCAUCUUUAGCGGUUUUUGUAUACUUUUCGUCUUUAAAAGAGCACAAUAGUAUUACGUCUUACUGUCGAAUUCAGUAGUUUACGCUCAGUGAAUUUUCAAGUAAUACUUUCUUUAAUCUGCGACAAUUUUAAUCCACUGUCUAUAUCUUUCUAAAAUAUCAGAACUCAUCAGGAAUGAAUUCCGAUACUAAUUUCGUCAAAUGGAAGACACUUGUAUUUGCAUAUUACAAUUUUUUUAAAUUAAGGGAUAAGUUUUAAUUAUAUGUACGUUUAUUAAUAACGCAUAGACGCAUACAUAACAAAAAUACGUAUAUACGUACGUAUAAAAUACGAUCUGGGAUAAAAAGUACGUUUCAAUCAAUUUUAUUAGAAAUGCUCGUUAUUAUGGACGCUGUAAUCGUAGAUUAGGGCGUUUAAUUACUUUUUAUAUAUCUCAUUAUGUUACAGAAACAUAAGUUGUGACCUGGUUGUGGGAUCUGAUUAAUUAUAAUUUUUAUUAUUAUUAUUAUUAUUAUUAUUAUUAUCAUCUCAGGCGUGAUCAAGCCGAUUUGACACGAAUCAAUAUUAUAUAAUAUUAAUAUUCGUGGAACAAAAAGUAAUUUACUUGGCCACUGAGAAUUAUACUUGAUAUUAUUUAACGUUAAUGAUAUUAUUUAAUGCAUCGCAACAUUCUAUUUAACGUGGCCUUCUUGGAGAAGGUUUAUAAAGUUUAUCUUACUUAUUGUUUCCGAAAUUAUUUUUUUAAUACAGUUAAGUCAUCUGUUUUUGUCCUAAUCACGUGUGUGUCUGCGCGACGAAGUUUCGUUCUAUUGAUUUAGAUCCGAGACAAAUUGGAAUGCAGAUUCAUUAACAAAAUAUUCAUUAAUCUUAUUAGUUUCAAACUAUAUUUUUAUUUUUAUUGUAAAACCAAAUGCGCUUACCUUAUUUACACGCUUUUAUAAUUUUGAAAUUUUGGUCAUGUAUAUUAUAUGUAUAUUCAUGUGAAUGCUAUAGAAUUAUUCAUGUGAAUAUAUAUAUAUAUCUUCGCAUUGUUCUCCUGUCUCGAUAAAAAUUGUAUUUCUGUGCUCGUGAUUUACACUGAAAAAUACUCAUUAUAAAUAUAUUUUUAAAAAUUUACCAUAUGCACGUCCAUGAAAACAAACAAGAGAAUUGUAUAAUAUUUACGUUUCGCUUAAGUUUACUUCUCGCGAAGAUGAAAUGGCCGUGAAUGUUUAAAGAAACAAGAAACAAUGAAAAUUGAGAGAGUAAUCAAAGAAGUAUUUCUUCUCACUCGUCUAAUUAAAGUCGUACGAAAGUUCGAUUUUUAUAAUUGACGUAAUUCAAGAUUUUAUCCAUUCCAAUUAUUAUGAUAGUUUCGACCAUCACUUUGUAUCUACGAGGUUGAUAUACGGCACUUAUAAUUAUUAUAAUUGCUAUAGUAAUUAUUUAUACAGCUCAGCUUUAUUCCUACAAUUUAAUCAAACUCUAUUCUGCUUUCUUUCUGUAUAAAGAUUUUUGAUAAAUUAGAAAGUACAAUAAUGGACGAUCCACGAACGAUCUGAAUUACUGUCGGACAAAUUCGUAAUUAGAUAUGUACAUACGUGCACCCUGUUACUGGUUUAUCGCUCACUCAAUUUCGUCUGUAUAAUCGAAAAAGGAAAAAAGUGGGUACGCAGUAAAUAAAAGGAAAGAGAAAGAAAUGGCACGCGAUAAAAGAAGGAAAAAGCCGAGAGUGCGUAUAUAAAGUAAAUUGUGCCAAAUAUCAACGAGUCUGCUUUUAACUCAUAACGCUAGUUCCUGGUAAAUACCUGUAAUUUUGCGAACUCGUAACAUUCCAAAAGCUUUUUAAAAAUGUCACGAAAAAAGAUUACGACAUAAUUUCUCGAGAGUUUUAUAUUGAAUUCCAAUUGGCAUUUCCUUUUAUUUACUCGCUUCACUUGUACAAAUUAAACUUGACGUCUUUGUAUAUUCAAAUUGAAUUAUGCGCCUUAAUGCUACGUCAUGUGUCAUAAUAUCUCUUUAAUCGACUGUACGCUGGCUGCCAUUUUAGCUUAAUUGUUCGAAUAUUCCGUAACGUGUAUUUUAUGUCGAUGGCGCUUUUUAAAUGUUCGCGGAUUCUUUGUUACGUCCAUUGUUAAUUACGUAUAAAUACGUAUCUCAUAUUAUUACAUAGGUAUACUUAUCCAGAUCGCAUUAUAGGAUCGUCUUUUCGUCCAUGGAGACUUCGCACGAUUAGCUUCUUUUAAUUUUUUCGCCCGUUUUCCGUUGAUCUUACAUGGAAAUUCUUUCACUUUACUCUAUGAAGAAACAGAGAGAGAACUCGAUUGAAUGUUGAAUAUUUAUCAUGUGUUCAAAACUGGCGAUAACGACUUUUACAGGUAACUUAUCUAAAUAUUCAAAUAUAUCGACUUUCAACGCGUUUUCAUCCCUCUUUAGAAUGAUGCAAGUUACGUGCAUUAUAUAGAAACAUCCGAACGUUAAUGGUUAACUUUAUAACAUACGGAUCCACCGUGAUGAAACGAAUGCUAAUUCUAUGAAAUAUUUAAGGAGGUAUCCACUAUUUUUUUUCUCGUCUUUGACUUUAUCUUAUCUUAUAAUCUUUCAUAAAUUAUUAAGAACUAUACGCGUAUACACGAGUUAGCCUACAUUGCAGGAAACUACAUUUCAUCGCAUCUUUGUAUCUGCCUUAUCAAUUUAAGAUAAAACAAAGUGAAACAAGAGCAUGUCGUCGUGCUGAAGUUAACUAUUGGCAGACUUUGAUAAUUACGACAAUGAAGAAUAAGCAAGGAAAACAAGAAGUUUAUAUAGGUAUAUAAUGAAAAAUGAUUAUGUUUUUCGACGGAUCUGUUAUCAUCGCCAUCGACAACACUAAAUUAUAUCUUUGAGAGCUCUUGACGUUACAAAUUUUUUAAACUGAUCGAUAUAUCAAAUAUUUAAUAUAUUAUAUUCUCUAACUGUAUUAACGCUUAAAAAAGUAAGAACCAAUUUGACGGUAAACGAUAAUAAUUAUAGCAUCUAUAAUAGUAACCGGUCGACAAAAUAGUAAAUAAAAUAUAUAUACAUACGUAUAAAAACGGGCCUAAGAAAAGGAAGUAUUAAAGAAAAAAUUAAGUCGGCUGGUUUCAUAAAAUUCAGAAUUUUUUGCUUUUCCAUAUAUAUCCCAGUAAACAAUGUCAUAACAGUUACAUAUUCACAAUGUUAAAACGUCACGUUAAGGGAUAUAACAGUUGCAAAAUACCUGACGUGCAUAACUAUUAUGUCACCGAGUUUGAAACUGUUAUUUAUUGUUUGUUGAGAUAUAUAUAUAUAUAUAUAUAUUUAUUUCACAUAUAUUACAUAUAUUUCUACAUAUUUCUUUGCUAUAUGUAUAAGAGUAUAUGUAUAAAGGUCUAUGGUUGAUAUCGUUGAAUCGCUAUGUAGGAAUUUGCGUGUUGCUUAACAUUAACAGUAUUAUUAAAAGGUUGUUACAAAGCAUAUAAAUAUUGAGAUACACCUGUACUCCUUUUUAUUGUAAGGGCACAACGUAUUAAUAAAAAAAAAAACAUUUUUUACUCUCAA